AUGAAUUCAUGUAAUAGGAAUAUUCAAAUAAUAUCAUUCAGUUUUCUUAUUCACCAUCCUCUCAUUUUUCUUUUGUUGAUCGGCCUCACUCAAUUUCCACUGCCCUCUCAUGGAUGCCAUGAAGAGGAGAGAAAGGCUCUCUUAGACAUCAAAUCCUCCUUACAAGACCCUUCUAAUCGAUUGUCCUCCUGGCAAGAAGGCAGCAAAUAUCAAAACUGUUGUGAUUGGCAUGGAAUUCAGUGUUCCAUCGGCUCUUUCCAUAUCAUCUCCAUCAACCUACGGAACACAGAGUAUGAAAUUUACUUCGAUCAAUUCAAGUAUAGGGAUAGUAGAAAUUAUGACGAAUUCAAUCCCCCAGAAACUGCACUACAAGGUAAGCUUUCUCCUCUCUUCUUCCACAUUACUCAUCUUCAGUAUCUUGAUCUUGCCUUCAACAAUUUCCAAGAAUCACAAAUUCCGAUUCAGUUUUCUAAUCUGACAAAACUCGCUCAUCUUGAUCUCUCCAACUCCAACUUCUCAGGAUCGACUUUGACACAAUUCGCCAACCUAUCUUCUCUUAAGUACCUUGAUUUAUCUUGUGGUGUUGUAGACUGCAUACAGUUAUCAUCUACAAAAUGGUUGAGUGGGUUAGUAAAUCUCCAGGUGUUGCGGUUGAGUCGUAUAAAUUUAUCUAAUGCUACAGUAUUAUCAGAGAAUAAUUUUGCUGAACAUAUAUCUUUUCUUUCCAAUCUUAAAGAUCUUGAUCUAUCUUAUUGCAAUAUAUCUGGCCCAGUUUUUCCCAUCCAAGAGUUGAACAAUCUUUCUAGCCUAUCCUCUCUCAACAUGAGUUACAAUCUUGAGCUCAAUUCCUCAUUCCCAGUACACCUUGCUAAAUUAACUUCACUUUCUAGUCUUUACUUAUUAUCUUGCAGUCUUCAUGGUUCAGUUCCAUAUAUGCCUCAACUUACAGAGCUCAAUGUGUAUUCGAAUCCUAAUCUCCAUGUAGAUCUUGCACAAAUGUUCGAACAUAAGUGGCCUAAACUGAAAUUUCUUAGGAUAUCAUCAACUAAAGUAACCGGACCGUUUCAGAAAUUAAUUUCAAAUGUGCCGCUAUUGGAGUUUCUUUACGCCUCCGGCUGUUCAAUUCAAGGACCCAUCCCAGAAUCACUCUGCGAGAUUUCUUUUCUGCGAGAUGUUUUUUUGCAGAGAAACAAUUUUACGGGAACAAUACCAAGUUGCAUUACCAGGCUCAGGUACCUUAAUCGGUUAGAUAUAAGUAACAACUCUAUCGAGGGAGAUGUUUCACUGCCCUCUUUGGUUACCAAGUUAAACCUAACUUCCCUAGAGCUGGGCUCAAACAAGCUAACAGUAUCCAUAGAUCAACACUUGUACCUGUACCCUAAACUUAAAUUCAAGGUAUUGGGGUUGCGGUCAUGCAAUCUGACAGGAUUAUUCCCUACUUUCAUUUGUAAUUUAACUGAUUUAGAGAUGUUGCAUUUACAAGAUAAUAACCUUUCUGGAACUAUCUCUUCUUGCAUCUACAAACUUAAAAAUCUCCGAUCCUUGGAUCUCUCACACAACAAUCUUCAUGGUCCUCUUCCUCUUCCUUGUAAUAAUGCCAAACUAUAUAACCUAGCACAUAAUAAAUUCAACGGUGAAAUCUCAAUGGAAACCGGAAAAAGACUAUCUACUAUUAUCUCAGUUAUGUUAUCUGGUAAUGAACUCACAGGCUCAGUUCCCUCUUCUAUAUGCUCCGAUGAACCUGGAUUACAUUCUGAUAUUCAGAUUCUUGAUCUCUCCAAGAAUGAUCUACAUGGAAUUAUUCCUACUACUAUAAGGUAUUGUACUUCUCUUAAGUAUCUAAAUCUUGGCAGCAACAACCUCACUGGAAAUGUUCCGAAAGAGCUUGAACAAGCAAAGAAUUUGCAAAUUCUGCAGCUAAAUAACAACAAUCUUGAUGGCGAUCCGCUUUAUUUCAUCAGUAAACUGCACGAGUUGGUAGUUCUGGACUUGGGUAAUAACUGUUUUGGAGGAAGUAUAUCCCAUUUGUCUGGUACACUUGAUAAGCUUAAGAUUCUUUCUUUAAGAUCAAAUAAAUUCAAUGAAUCAAUCCCCAAAGACAUUGUCGAUUUGCAUUUACUCCAUGUAUUAGACUUGUCGGGAAACAAUCUCACCGGGUUAAUUCCUAAGGAAAUAGGCAAUUUGAUAAUGUUAACAAAUAUAACUAAUGGUUAUCUAGGUCAUUUACAAUUGCAGAUGACAAACAAAGGGAUCAUGAUGCAAUAUGAGAAACUGUAUACAUAUAAUUCAGGAAUCGAUUUAUCCUCCAAUAACCUUGAGGGAGAAAUUCCUGAAGAGAUAGGUCUACUGAAAGGGCUUUCCAUGCUGAAUCUAUCACACAACCACCUCUCGGGUAACAUCCCAUUCAGUGUUGGAAAUAUGAAGAGCUUAGAAUCUUUGGAUCUGAGUUUCAACAAGUUGUCUGGACUUAUCCCGCCAUCUUUAGCAUCAAUGGAUUUUCUUGGUUAUUUGAAUUUGUCUUAUAAUAACUUGAGUGGAAGGAUACCAAGAGGACCUCAUAUGGAUACAUUGAGCGGAGAUGGUUCAGCCUACGUUAAUAACAACUUCUUGUGUGGGUACCUUACAAAGAAUGCUUGUGAGGGCAAUCUGAGCAGUGAUACCGGCAAUUCUCUGAAUGAAUAUGGUCAAGAUAAGUGGUAUUUUUAUGGUAUUGUUGCUUUUGGGUUCAUAAUUGGAUUUUUGGGUCUGUUCUUUGGUUUACUCUUGAAGAAAGAUAAAUGGUGGGUCGGAUAUUGGAGAGCUGUUGACAAUCUUGCAGUCAAAAGUGUUCGAUUUUUCCUGAAAAAUUGA